GGAAGUUGUAACCGGAAGAAAGCAUCUCCGCCAUGGCGGGAAAUUGCUUGACACACGGUUUGCUACAGUCGAAGCUCCAACAACAAAUGUCAACACAAAUGAAUACAGUCAGGGUGGCAGGUUGUUAGCCGAGCUGCGUUUAAGUAACGGAAACAACGUUCUCAACAAAUAUCUCGGAACGAACACGAUUUUGAUUUGAGCGACUGAAAUUUCCCCCUCCAAGAGUGGCAAUGCAGGCGUUUUUGAAAGGACCGUCUGGCCAGGUCCCCAGACCCCAAAAGGACAAGGGGGCUGGGAGCAGCGGAGAGAAGAAAGCGAAAGCUGUUCCCUGGGUGGAGAAAUACAGACCCAAGUGUGUGGAUGACGUGGCCUUCCAAGAGGAGGUGGUGGCAGUGCUAAAGAAGUCUCUAGAAGGAGCUGAUCUGCCCAACCUGUUGUUCUAUGGGCCCCCUGACGGAAAGACCUCCACCAUCUUGGCCGCAGCCAGAGAGCUUUACGGACCGGAGCUGUACAAACAGAGAGUUCUGGAGCUGAACGCCUCUGACGAGCGAGGGAUCCAGGUGGUGAGAGAGAAGGUGAAGAGGUUCGCCCAGCUCACCGUGGCAGGAAAACGCACCGACGGCAAGCUGUGCCCGCCGUUCAAGAUCAUCAUCCUGGACGAGGCGGACUCGAUGACGGGCCCCGCCCAGGCCGCCCUCAGACGCACCAUGGAGAAGGAGUCCCGCACGACGCGCUUCUGUCUCAUCUGCAACUACGUCAGCAGAAUUAUCGAGCCCCUGACAUCCAGAUGUUCCAAGUUCCGCUUCAAACCCCUGGACAACCAGAUCCAGGAGGAACGUCUGCUGGACAUCUGCAAGAAGGAGGACCUGAAAUACUCGCCCGAGGCCAUUGCAGCGUUGGUGAAGGUGUCGGAGGGAGACCUGAGGAAAGCCAUCACCUUCCUCCAGAGCGCCGCCAGACUCAACGUGGACAAGGAGAUCUCUGAGAAGGCCAUCGUGGAGAUCGCCGGGGUCGUUCCUGAUAAGAUCAUCCAGGGGCUGCUGCAGAUCUGCUACAAAGGCACGUUUGAGAAGCUAGAGGUGGCUGUUCGGGACAUAAUAGACGAGGGCUACGCUGCCACAGUCAUCCUCGGCCAGCUGCAUGAGACCGUCAUCGAGGACGACCUGAACGACAAACAGAAGUCGGCCAUCGCAGAGAAGAUGGCGGAGGUUGACAAGUGUCUCGUUGAUGGGGCAGAUGAAUACCUACAAAUACUGAGUCUGUGUUCUGUUAUCCUGCAGCAGUCUUCUCAGAACUGACCAAACUACCUCCCCUCCUCCCACUCACUAGCCAUUCCUCUGUAUGUACUCAGUUACAAACUCUUUUCUGUACAUUUUUUGUAAGUUUAGAUUGUAAUAAAAUUACAAUAGCUUUUUCUA